AUGAUAUACGAUGAUUAUUGUGUUGGUAUUAUUCAUUUGCUUGUUUUGUUUUCUAAAAUUGAAGCAAGAAUCAAUAGCUACCGAUUUGAACGGCAAAUUGGAUCAACGAUGGUAUUACCACCAUGUAUUUUGACAGCAUCAUCAUCUGUCGAUGAUGCCGCUACAAUCUUAUUUAAAUCUGAUUCAGGUGAAUUAUUGACUAUGAAUGGAAUGUUAAUUUCUAAUAAUCCACGUUUAACCAUGAAAAAUGCUCAUUCUUCGGAAUUAAUUAUUAAAUUAAUUGAAUCAUUUGAUGAUGGUCAUUACGAAUGUCGAACUGAUCACUUAAUUAAUUAUAUUGUUCAUUUAAUGGUUAUCAAUUCAUCAACUAUUUAUUUAAAUGUACUCGAAGGUUCUAAUGUUACAUUACAAUGUAAAGAUAAAGGCAUGUGGAUCAUUGAAGAAAGUCAUCCAGGAGGAUCUGUCUGUACACAAUAUACACCAGAAUUGAUAUUGAAUAAUUUGCAACGGAAUGAUAAUCGUUUUCAAAAAAUAACUUGUUCAAUGCUUGAUGGACACGAAAAAAGAGAAUAUAUCAUUGAUAUUAUGUAUAAACCAACUGUCAAACUAGAGAUGUUGGCAAGACAAAGAUUAAUGUGUAUAAUAUGUGCUCAUCCAUUGCCACAUCGAAUACACUGGUGGUCACAACCAGAGAGAUCUGCUGAUGAUAAGAUUCAUCAAACAAACAUCAAUCAAUCAUGUAUUGCUCAACAAUUGAUUUUUGAACUGGAAAAUGAUGAUGAUAUUGAACCGAUAAUUAUAUGUGAAGCAGAAAAUAUGCAUGGUAUCGGUCGAGAUAGUUUACAAUUGAGAAAAGUAGACUCCACAACUAGAAGUCUGGACUAUAUGAUACAGAAAUCCUUAGUCAUUUCUUCAAGAGAACAAAUAACUACAACAUUAUCUGUUAAAAAUGAAUCGUUCUUCUGUUUUCAAAUGUGUCAAUCUGUAAUCAAUUCAAUAACACUGAUUUAUAUUUUUCAUCAUUUUAUAUCCUUUUAUUGA